AUGGGGUCUUCACAGAUGGGCGGCAGCUCCUUGUUGAAAAAGAUCACCCGUCAGAUAUCACCCCUUCAUAACCCGGAGGGCAUCACUUUUGGCAGACACAAACCUAUACCGCCAAAACAGGCUGUUGAUCCGUACGUUGCUGGGUUGGUAGCUAAACUGGCACAGUACGACGUGGAACACGUUGAACAAAGCGCGGUACAAGAAAUACCACAAAACCAGAAACAAAACGAAAAACAAAAACAAAAACAAACACAAAAGUCAGUGCCGGAGCCGCCCAAACAGAGAUCCAAGGCUAGAUUGACAGGAGCGCGAGUGGCUGAACUUGUGGAUGCCGCAGUCACCGAGUCUGAAGGUAUGUAUAUUGUUUGA